GAGUCUAUUCUGUGAUUGCUGACUGAUUAAGUUCGAAAAAUAAUAAACUCAGGAAAUCACAUAAUUAAGAUUCAACAAAAAUUUCUCUUGACAUUGAAACAUCUGAAACAUCCAUAACAAGAAAAGUCGCUUCCUGAUUAUUUGUGAAUGUGCAAUUGCGUUAUCAGUAGCUAACCUCAUAUAAUCUUUAACUAAAGUUUUUGGAGUCGUUUUAUGUGAAUACAUAAUUGAAGUAUAAUAAAAGAUCUACUGAAGUUCGAGAAAAUGUCACAAAAGCAAUCGAAAAAUUCAGUUCCAAGUCUUUACUUCGCCAGUCUUCAACAUUUUGUCAAUCAAAUGAAUUACACAGUAGAUUGUCUCAACAAGAUUCCUCAAUUACGGUUGUUACCUCCUGCCAUUCUCUCCGAUAUUUACUGCGAGAUGGCAGAAAAUAAAGAUCUUCGUGAUGGUCUUCUUGUUGAGCUCUCUGAUGUCGAUCUGUUUUGCAAGCUGAUCAAAUAUCAAUUGAUACGCGACAACAUGCUGAAGAUAUUCAAGCUUUUAAUGACCAAUAACAAGCCGCUUGUAUCAGAAUUGCAACGAAUCUUCGUUCAACGAGGGCAAUUGUUGCUCUCAGAACAAAUUGAUCAAAUGAGGAAUUCCAAGCUUAUAGCUAAUGAAGUUGACAUGGAUACAGAAGACUCAACAACUGAAUUUAUCAACGACGAUUAUCAACUUAGUCGCCAAUAUCGUAAAGAAAUAGAUAAGGGAUUACGUCUUGGAACAUUUCUGUACGAAUCUGGAUGGCUCGAUGACAGUCUGAAAGUUCUCAAAGUGACAAAAUCAAUGAUUAAUCAACUAGGCGAAGAUUAUCAGAAGCUUCUUCUCAUGCUCAGCUGUCUUCAGAAGCUUCUUCAUGUUCAAGCACUCUUCUGUUGUUAUAAAGACGCAUCAAUCACAACAUCCCAAGCGCUUAAUCUCAUUGAGAAGAUUCACAACAUUUACAGCGAAAGCGGAGUUCCCGAAAGCCUUUUAGCAAAUAUUUAUCAUGAGCUUUCUGUGUUGCAUUUCAACCGCUCAGAAUAUGAUUUAAGUUAUAAAUGGGGUGUUAAGGGAUUAGAAUAUCUUCGAAUCAAUACACCAGCGAAAAUUUCUGUUGAUGUUCUUCGUCAAGCAGCAAAAAGUUGUGUCGUUAAACGAAAAUUCCAAAUUGCCAAUUUACUCAUAAAUAGUGCUGUUCGUAUUGCUGAAAAUGCUUUUGGUGAUCAUCAUACAGUUUAUGCUGAUGCACUUCUUGACAAAGGUUUUUUCUUACUCAACGUCGAUUCCAUUAAUAAAAGCGUUGAAGUUUAUAUGGAAGCACUGAAGAUAAAAUGUUGCAUAUUCGGAGAAAAGAAUCUCAAUGUGGCCGUGAUUCAUGAAGAUCUAGCUUAUGCUUUAUAUGUUUAUGAAUAUUCUCGUGGUCAUUUCAAUAUGGCACGAUUUUAUGUUGAGAAAGCAAUUCAAAUAAUGUCUGAACUUGCACCAUCAAAUGAAAUUAUGCUGGCGUCAGCGAAAAGAGUGAAAGCGUUGAUUCUUGAAGAGAUUGCUUUAGACAACAUGGUGACGCCAAAUGCAAGAGAUUUUAAAGGAUUAUUAAAAGAGUCUGAAGACUUACAUCAAUCAGCAUUGCAACUGUCACUCGAUGCUUUUGGUGAGAUUAAUGUUCAAACUGCCAAACAUUAUGGAAAUUUAGGAAGAUUAUACCAGUCGAUGACAAAGUAUGAAGAUGCUGAAGACAUGCAUCAACGAGCGAUCAAAAUAAAACGCGAUCUUUUAGGUGAUUACGAUUAUGAAGUUGGACUUAGUAUUGGACAUCUUGCGUCACUUUAUAAUUAUCACAUGAAGAAAUAUCGCGAAGCAGAAGAUCUUUACUUGAAAAGUAUUCAUAUCAGCUUAAAACUUUUCGGCCAAACGUACUCGGGGUUAGAGUAUGAUUAUCGUGGUUUAUUGCACGUGUAUGAAGAGCUCCAUGACAAUGAAAAUUACAUGAAAUUCUGUGAUGUUCUCGAUGAGUGGCGAAUUUUAAGAUCAGAUGAGAGAAAAAAACCAAGGUUUAUUGAACUUAGCGAAGAUGCAACAGUUGAAGACGUCACGAAGAAGUUUUUCGAAAUGUCUGCUGAAUCUUAAAUGCUAAAUCGAAUGAAAUUUCAAGAAAAAAAACAAAAUAAAUUAAAUAUGUGAUUAUGUGAGUCAUAAAAAGCGUAAAAUCUAGUUAUCUCAACAUGAAAAGUUCAUUAUUGAUUAAGUGAAAGCAUCAGGACCGUUAAUUAUCGUAAUAUCAUGAACAGAAUUCUUUUUUGUAAAACUUAAGAAAUUCGAACAAACUGCCUUAAAAAUUGAAAUUUGUCAGCGCCAUGCUUUGAUUUCAUGAAUUUCAUACAACAACAAAUCAAUAUCAAUGCUUGACUAAUUCCCAGAUUUCGGUGUACUUAUUAGAAGUUUCUAAUGAAAUAUCUUCUUAUUAAAUUCUAAUCCAAAGGAUGAAAUUUUGUAGAAAUAUUUUUCUUUUAGAUAAACAAUUGAAAAUUUCCUUAGAAUUUGCUUCGACAUCAAUCAAAGAUUUGUCAACCUACACAUUUCUGACGAUUAUUUUUAAUGUUCGUCAGAAUUGUUAUGACAUAUUGAGAUAAAAAAAAAUACCCGAAGAUGGAUGAUGGAUAAUGAAACAAAAAAAUAAUAAACAGAUAGAAAUUACUUGAUUAGUCAUUUUAUGGAAAAGUAAAAAAGAAAACCUUUGCAAUCGUAGAUAUCAACAAAUUUAAUGCGCAAUAUUUUCCAUAACAUUCUCUCGGAGAUGCCACUCUGAAGGAUGGUUUUGUGAUUCAUGAAGAUUAGAAUCUGAAAUAAAUUCUUAAUGGCAAAAGAGAAUUUAUUUUGAGAAGCGACGUUCAGAAAUACAUUUCGCAGAAAAAGCUACUUAUUUCUGAUUAUUUCCUUAGUGAUCCAUCAUCUUAUUUACGUCGUCAACAGAAAGCAAAAGAAGAAAAAUAUAAAUUUUUAAAUUUAAAAUUGUAAUAAACUCAUAAGGAUAUUUUAUGACGAUAUUUUCAAAUAUUUACAAAUAAAAACAAAAUAAAAUUUCUAUAGUCAAAACCAACACGUUGAAUCUCAAUCAAUUUUUCAUGGUGGCAUUUGUGAAAUAAAAGAUGAAACAAGCAAUUAAAUAUUUAUGAAGAAAGAAAGCUGAAAAAAAAAUUUUUUAUGAAUAAAAUUUUUUGUUUUUAAUUUGUUUUGGAAUAUUGUCCAUAAUUUAUUAGUUAAAAAAGUUUUGAAGAAGAAAAUUGAAUGCAAUUAUGAGUUGAAUUGUUGUGUCGUUACCGUCGAAUCAACUCUUCUUUUUCUCGCGUCAAAAUAUGUCUAACAAAAGAUUCUUUAUCGCGACGAUCGUAUUUCACUUGUAUGGAGUUCGUAAUUGCGAAAAUGAGAAUUUAUUUGUCCUUCUUUUGAUUAAUUUUUUUGCAGUUCAUUGUGAUUUGAACAGAAUAAACUUUUUUUUGCUGUUUUACGUUUUUCUAAUCAAAAAAUGCCAUUGGUGAUAAGAAUCAUGAAAAGAUCAUCAAAACUAAGCCUCGUAUCUUAUCAGUACGAAAUAUGAAGCCAAUGGCUAAACAGAAUCGAUUAAUAAAAUGUUGAAAGUGCAAAAAUUUAUAAUUGUAAUUUGUGUCGCAAUUUUUUAUCAGUUUUUUAUCCAAAUAAAAAUAAAAAAAAUUGAAAUGAAACAUUUUGCCUUCUUUUCUUCUCUUUAAUUAACGAGUAAGUUAAUCAUUUUAUCUGGCUAGAUAUUUUCCAGAUAUUUCUUUCCUUUCUUUGUUAUCUUUAUUGCCGCCAUUCGGCAGCCUAUUUAAAUGCUAUUUGAUUAUUUUAUCUAAGUUAAACAAGAGGAAUGCGAGAUAAACUUGUAAGAAACACUACGUAAGGGAAAAUAUUUUAGGUAAUCGGUGGAAUCUUUGGAGUUUGCUAAUACAAACUCGUAAGUGAAUAGUUUCAUGCUUUCCGCUUCCAUCUAGAACAUGACAAUGAAGGAAAUUGGUAUAAAUCUAUCUGACGGAUGUUCUUUCAAGGAUGGAUGGUCGGUUGUGCAAAUAUUUAUUAAAAUAUUUAAUAAAACAAACUUCAAGAUUCAUGUCAUUUGUGACGUCAACGAAAUAUUUUCUAUCAUAAGAAAUGACCAUAAUUUUUUAUCGCUAUGGAUUUCACUCUCAAAUAUCUAUCAAUAUAUCAGCUUGGAACUGAAUUAUCGCGAUAAAAAGGAAGUGAGAGACAGAGAAUUAUUAAUACUUUGUAAUUUUACGAGAAAUCGAUUUCAGUUGUUUGCAAGUUUUCCUUCUGGUUUUUUCUUUCAUAAUAAUAAUAUUUAAUAACAUUUAGUUUCAUUGUUUUUUCAAUAUGUCUUAGCAUCAAAUACUUCUUAUCUUUAAAUAGAACUUCGUUAUGUCGUUCACCUUAAUUCCGAAAAAAUAAUCGACUAUGUCUCUGUCUUCAUCAAUAUAUCUAAUUUUAAAUAUAAUGAUUUAAAUAUGGAUUAAAGUUUCGAGUUAAAUAUUCAUUAUUCUUGUAUAUAUAUUUAAAUUUUUCUUUCUUUCUUUAAUUUUUGGUGUCAUCUUCAUAUUGAAUGUCUUUAAUUAUAUUUCACUUAUCUAAAUAUCUUAACAUUUUAAAGGCUUACAAUCUAUUAAUACUUUUUCUGAAUUGAAGUGAAAUGCAAAACAUAAUUCAACAAAGAACAUAAAAUUGAUGCCAAAGUUCAAUCUUUCACUUUUA